GAGAAAGCGGUGUAGACGAGCAACACACUAACGGGCGGUGCAAACCCCGAAUCUAUCACCACCAUCAUCACACUGGACCUGCAGAGAUCAGCCGAACAUCGGCCAUCGAUCGCGCACUAUCACCGGCUUCAGCGAGGACGUGAAGACUCCCGAUCCGCUGGAGAUGGCGGGGAUUUUGGCUUGGUUUUGGAACGAGAGGUUCUGGCUUCCUCACAACGUCACCUGGGCUGACUUGAAAAACACAGAUGAGUCAACGUUCCCGCAAGCCGAGGAUCUGUAUCUGGCGUGUCCUUUAGCCUUCUGCAUGUUUAUGAUCCGCCUGGUUUUUGAGAGGUUUAUUGCAAGGCCAUGUGCAUUAGGUCUAAAAAUCCAGGCCAAUGGACCGCAGAAGGCUCAGGCCAACGCUAUUCUGGAGAAGGUUUUCACUGCUAUCACCAAGCAUCCAGAUGAGAAAAGGUUAGAAGGCUUGUCCAAGCAGCUGGACUGGGACGUGAGGACCAUUCAACGCUGGUUCAGGCAACGACGCAACCAGGAGAAACCCAGCACGCUGGCGCGCUUCUGCGAGAGCAUGUGGAGGUUCACUUUUUACCUGUACAUAUUUACAUACGGCGUGCGGUUUCUGAAAAAGACCCCCUGGCUGUGGGACACAAGAAAGUGCUGGUACAGUUACCCCUAUCAGCCGUUAACGCUGGAUUUACAUUACUACUACAUCCUGGAGCUCUCCUUCUAUCUGUCACUUCUCUUCUCCCAGUUCACAGACAUCAGAAGGAAGGAUUUUUUACUCAUGUUUCUACACCAUGUGGCCACCAUCUCUUUGAUCACCUUCUCAUAUGUGAAUAACAUGGCUCGGGUGGGAACUCUCGUCAUGUGUUUGCACGAUGCCACAGAUGUCCUGUUGGAGGCUGCUAAAAUGGCCAACUAUGCCAAGUGCCAGAGACUCUGCAACCUUCUGUUUGUUAUGUUUGCUCUGGUUUUCAUCAGCUCCAGGCUAGGAGUUUAUCCUGUGUGGAUUUUAAACAGCACGGUGUUUGAGAGCUGGGAGAUUGUUGGGUUGUUUCCGUCGUGGUGGGUGUUUAAUCUGCUGUUGGUGAUGCUGCAGGCCAUGCACAUCUUCUGGUCGUAUCUUAUAGUGCGCAUUGCCUGCAGGGCCAUCUCCAGAGGAAAGGCAGGGAAAUGGAAUCCUUUACAUGUGUCAAAGGAUGACCGCAGUGAUAUCGAGAGCAGCUCAGAUGAAGACGAGGUUCCGCCCCGUUCUCAGAAACAUCACACUAAUGGGACAAACGGGGCCCACGGCACCAACGGCUACCUGUCCCCGUCCCCAUGCCCGGAUGAACACUAACCGCCGUGGACAUUUCACUGGGUCCCACCCACAAGAUGGUACCUGCCUAUCUGCUUUGUGUCAAAACAUAUAUGAACAUUGCCGAUCUAGUACUGGAAAUUCUCAAUAAUGUGAAUGCGGUUUUGUUUAAGUCGGUUGCUUUUCAUCAUCCCCCCGAAUGUUUUGGCUUUUCUGGUUUGCUUUAGUUUCAGUGGUUGGCACCUUUUAGAUUCAAUGCAACUUUUCUCUUUCAGCAGCUGAACGAAAACGCCGUCCUUUCUUACAUAAUCGCGUGACUCGCGUGACGUGAGCAUGCUGCAGUUCUUGUGUUUUCUGCCAUCAUGGGAACAGUAGUUUUCUUAGAUUCCUGUCUUUCGUAUUUAUUUAUUUUUAUAUCUAUAAUAAGUUGUCGUUUUCUGUGUUUUGUCAUUCUUCAACAUACAGUACACACAUCCCGUUUACACCAACAGGUCAGUGGUGCUUGAUGCCAAAACUAAACCAUGCAUCAUGUUUCCACCUAAAAGUUAUUUAACCUGCCCGAUUAAGCCAAGACGCACAAACUUUACACAAAUGCUGUUGCAUUCGGCUUUUGUUUCGAUCACACGGUCACAAGUACAGUACACAGUGCAGCACUGAUCUCACGGGAGUUUGCGCGUAAAAUGUACGAUUAUUUGGAAGUGCCCAUCUGCCCCUAAAAAUGUAAACUCGUAGGAAAACGUAUUCAUACAAAUUCGCCCUUUAUACAAAUUGCCAUGAGGUUUUGUUGUAUGGUUCUGGCACGGGUGCACGGAUCGCCGGAACGUGUUGGUGUAAAAGGGUAACAGUGUUUUGAAAACGCAUAGCAAGUCAUUUAAGAGAUUUUUCUUAAGAGUUGUUCAAGUCAAUCAUUCAUAUGAAUCAGUCUAAACAUAUAAUAAUGAUUUAUCACGAAGUGCUGGCAUUCCAGACCAAACAUAUUUUUACAAGUACAUUGAUCAUGGGAAGUCCGCAUCAGAAAGAGAUAAGAGAAGUGUUUUAUUAAGUAAUAAAUGAAGUCUUAAAGAAUCUGCUGCUGUUUAAAGAAAAGCAACUCAGCAACAUUUUCCUGGAAAGUAUUCAGGUGGGAUUUUACUUGAGAGACCUGUGAAGUUAAGCUGGUUAUCAGACGUGUAUUUGUGAUGCUAUGGAAGUGUUCUGAUGUCACAACGUUUUUUUUUUUGUCGUGAUGAUUUUGUCAUAUUUCUUAAUAAAUAUUGUGCAUCUUUAAUAGGCCAUCAUCAUGAAUACGUUUAUUUUUCUUAAACUUUACAUUGCAGUAACAAGGUACAUGAGAUUAUCAAUUAUCAAUCAGUUAUUGAAGGUACAACUAUCAAGUUUUUAAUAACAAGAAUAUUGAACAAGCACUUUGUUGAAUAAGCUGCAAACACUGGUAUGUUAUUAUCAUGACAAUGUUUUUUUUUGUGUGAUUUUAUUUUAUUAUUUAAGUUUAGAUUGUGAAGAGAAUCCACAGUUCUCCUUCAUUUGUUUGAUUAUCAUUCAGUGAUGUUUGUGUUGGAAAGGUGGAGAAACGCUACAGCCAAUUAGCCGUCGUCUUAUUUGCACUCAGACAGGUUGCUGUGUUGUGUGGUUUACAUUUGAUGUCAAAAAAAGGCAAAGAAUAAAACUGAAUUCUGCCUUUGCUGCAAACCCGAUUAUCAGCAGAUCUAAUGAAUAAUGUUGCCAUGUAUUUUAAAUAAACACAAAUGAAAACA